AAAUUUCUACAUGGUAUCAGAGCAGGUUUAGAACCUAGUAUUUUCGCUUUCCCGGCGGGCGGCAACCUCACCUACCUUAGCUGCCCGCCGGACCUCAACCUAUUCCAUGGCAGUGACAUGCAACCCAACAGAGCUGAGCUAUUGCGUGGGUGCAAUCACAUCAAACACACCUCCAUCAAAGCUGUGCUGCUUUAAGAUCAAGGAGCAAAAGCCUUGCCUUUGCACCACCACUGUAUGCUCAACAACAAGACCCACUCGGUUGGGACUUUCGUCGAACACUUCGUCUACACCCUCAUCGUCGUCGUCCUCCUCCUCCUCUUCCUCCGCCACCGCCGCCGCUAUCGCCGGCGUCAAGGAGUCGUCGGCGAUGCAAAAGCGGUUUCAGAGGCUGAGCCGCAACGUUUCCGAGGCCAUCGCCUCGCUCAAGAACUCACUCAAUCUCGACUCGGCUCGUGACUCGCCUCCGCCGCCGCAGUCUCGGAUCGAGAGCUGCCGGAAAGUCGUCUGGGGCAGCGUUGUGAGGAACUUGACUCAACUCUAUCCCGGUAGUCAGCUUCCAGAGAAGCUCGUCUCCAACAUCCGCAAACACUACGAUUCAUUACCACUCAGCUAUGCACAGGCUGGAUUUGAUAUGAAAGAUGUGUUUAUGCAUAUCAAAUUGAUAGAGCAAGCUUCCGUGGAUGAUCAGCCGGCGAUUUUGAUUCAAGAGGUUUCUGAUGAUGAAGUUCAAGGCUCUGUUUUUAAGCUUACAUUUGCUUGUAACUCUGCAAUUUCUUGGGCAGCCAUGUCCGGUGCCCUGGAUAGCGCUUCGAUUUGUUGCAAGAAGAUACAGAUUUUUGAGAAAACGAGCGUGCCGUUGAAUAUUGCAGGUGUUGCACUUAUGUCUUUCCCUGUUUUGAAUUCCCACUUGAGACUUAGGUUUGAAACAGUUGAUGGGCUGAUCUUGGAUUCUCCAUGGGCAUGUCUCUGGUUAUAUAUAUCACCGCCAUGGUUCAACCAAUCUCCUGAAUUUGAACCUGCAGUGAGACUCAGAGUGUGUAGACAAAAGAUGCAUAAGAAAAGCAACAAAAGAUUCUUCUUGUUGCAGGUUUGUGUUGGUGACAGCUGUGGGAUAUGAACCCACGCUCUUUUUCUCAUCUAUCACACAUCCACCACCCACGAUUAUUUCACACUUUUCUUUUAUUUUAAUAUAUAUAUAUCUAUAUUUUUUUAUUAUAAUAUAUUUUCCUUAUCCCUACUUUUAUUUUAUUUUAUUUUUUCUAUCUUUCUUUUUCAUCAAUAUUUCCUUAUUCUACAACUCGUUAGUGAGCAUCACCCUUUUUCCAUUAUCUUAUUAUUAUUUU